CAGAGUAGGGGAGGAAGAAGAGGAAUCAGCGGCAUGGACAUCAUCUCUCAGCUGCAGGAGCAGCUCAACGAGAUGGCCAUGGUGGCCGUCAACACAUUCGGCACGCUGCAGCGCGACGCGCCGCCCGUCCGCCUCUCCAAUAGCUACCCCGACCCGCUCAACCCCAACCCUAACCCCGACGACCCCGCCUCCCAGCCCCCGCCCGCGCCCGGUGCUGCUGCUGCUGCUGCUGCGGCGGCGCCUCCACCGCCGCAAGCGCCGCCCCAGCCCGCGCUCGAUCUCGCCGAGCAGCCCAAGGCCAUGAGCCACGCGCUCGUCCUCGCCGCAAAGAAGUUUGAUGCUCUCGUCGCGGCAUUGCCACUAUCAUCAGAAGAAGAUCAGUUGAAAAGAAUUCAAGAACUUCAGGCAGAGAACGAAGAUGUGGGAUUGGAGCUUCAGAAACAACUGGAAGCUGCUGAACUGGAAUUGCAGCAGGUUGAAGUGUUGUUCAAUGAAGCUACAGACAACUGUAUAAAUAUGAAGAAGCCAGAUUAGUAAUUUUGCAUGUAACUGAAGUCGUGUUGGCGUUCAUGGAUUUGCCAAAUCAAACAUUGUGGUGUUACCUCUUGUGGUUCCUAAUGCCUUCUCAGCUAGGUUUGCGGACAAUAAUGACUUUUUCUUAACUUGUGUAUUGAUGUUCCAAGAGCAGUUGCUGGAUGUGGAAUUAAAGUUGAGUGUUGUAACAUCGUUGCCCUCGAAUAGUUUGAAGAAUUGGUUCAGUUUCAUCACACAUCACACAUGAUAGAACUUA